AUGUAUCUGACUCAGUUUCCUCUCAGGAUCCCGGACCUGUUCCCCCUCAUCUUCCCCUCUGAGCCAGCCCAGGCCUCCGGGCCCUACGUGGAGAUCAUCGAGCAGCCCAAGCCGCGGGGCAUGCGCUUCCGCUACAAGUGCGAGGGCCGCUCAGCAGGCAGUAUCCCCGGAGAGAGGAGCACAGACACCACCAAGACCCACCCCACCAUUAAGAUCAAUGGCUACACAGGGCCAGGGACAGUUCGCAUCUCCCUGGUUACUAAGGACCCCCCUCACCGGCCUCACCCCCAUGAGCUCGUGGGGAAAGACUGUCGGGAUGGCUUCUAUGAGGCUGAGCUCUGCCCGGACCGCUGCAUCCACAGCUUCCAGAACCUGGGGAUCCAGUGUGUGAAGAAGCGGGACCUGGAGCAGGCCAUCAGUCAGCGCAUCCAGACCAACAACAACCCCUUCCAAGUUCCCAUAGAAGAGCAGCGCGGAGACUACGACUUGAAUGCUGUGCGGCUCUGCUUCCAGGUGACAGUGCGGGACCCAUCAGGCAGGCCCCUCCGCCUGGCACCUGUCCUCUCUCAUCCCAUCUUUGACAACCGGGCCCCCAACACAGCCGAGCUCAAGAUCUGCCGAGUGAACCGAAACUCCGGGAGCUGCCUUGGGGGGGAUGAGAUCUUCCUGCUGUGUGACAAGGUGCAGAAAGAGGACAUUGAAGUGUAUUUCACGGGACCAGGCUGGGAGGCCCGAGGCUCCUUUUCACAAGCUGAUGUACACCGGCAAGUGGCCAUUGUGUUCCGGACACCUCCCUAUGCGGACCCUAGCCUGCAGGCCCCAGUGCGUGUCUCUAUGCAGCUGCGGCGGCCUUCAGAUCGGGAGCUCAGUGAGCCCAUGGAAUUCCAGUACCUCCCAGACACAGAUGAUCGUCACCGGAUUGAGGAGAAACGCAAAAGGACAUAUGAGACCUUCAAGAGCAUCAUGAAAAAGAGUCCUUUCAAUGGACCCACGGACCCCCGGCCACCUCCUCGGCGCAUUGCUGUGCCCUCCCGUAGCUCAACUUCCAUCCCUAAGCCUGCACCCCAGCCCUAUGCCUUUACGCCAUCCCUCAGCACCAUCAACUUUGAGGAGUUUUCCCCCAUGGUCUUCUCUCCUGGGCAGAUCCCAAACCAGACCUCAGCCUUGGCAGCAGCCCCUGCCCCAGCCAUGGCAUCAGCUCUGGUUCAGGCCCCAGCCCCUGUCCCAGUCCUAGCCUCCAGCCUUGCUCAGGCUGUAGCCCCGCCUGCCCCCAAGCCCACCCAGGCAGGGGAAGGGACACUGACGGAGGCCCUGCUACAGCUGCAGUUUGAUGCUGAUGAAGACCUGGGGGCCCUGUUGGGCAAUAACACUGACCCAGCCGUGUUCACAGACCUGGCAUCCGUCGACAACUCUGAGUUUCAGCAAAUGCUGAACCAGGGUGUGUCUAUGGCCCCACACACAGCGGAGCCCAUGCUGAUGGAGUACCCUGAGGCUAUAACACGCCUGGUUACAGGGUCCCAGAAUCCCCCUGACCCAGCUCCCGCUCCCCUUGGGGCCUCUGGGCUCCCCAACGGCCUUCUCUCAGGGGAUGAAGACUUCUCCUCCAUUGCAGACAUGGACUUCUCAGCCCUUCUGAGUCAGAUCAGCUCCUAAGGGAGUGACACCUGCCUUGCCCCUAGCAGUGGGCUGCAGGAGAUUAAAGCCCUCCCAAAGCAAGCACUUAUGGAUUCUGGGGGUGUAUGUGCUCCAACUGCCCCCAACUUCUUUGGGUGAUGUCUUUGUGGUGAGGAGGGUGUAUUUACUCUUUUAUUGGCAGUAUCUUUCUAUCUCUCAUUUUGGAGGUGCUUAAGCAGAAGCAUUAACUUCUCUGGAAAUGGGGGAGCUGGGAGGACUCAAACUCUUCCUUCCUCUAUCCUUAUGUUAAGCUCCUUUCUCUCUGUAGGGAAUUCUGGAGGCCCCCAGCCCCACCCUCCAGCUUCUAGUACUCUCCUAGAGAGAGGGACAGGCUGGAGCUACGGCCUUGGAGGCCACAAAGCCUUACUAUCAAGUGUCUUCCUCAAAUCAUGGAUUCAUUUACAUUUGAGCCAAAAUGAUGCUCCUGUUACCAGCUCUUCUGUGGUGCUGGCAUUGCCCUCAUGCAUAACACCAGCAUUUGAGAGGCUGGACUUCUGCCCUGCCAAAGUCUCUGCCAGCUCUUUUCUUUGCUCAGCUGUGGCUGAAGAGAUUGAUGGGACAGCUCUGGCCCUCUGCAUAAUCCAGGGAGGCUGGGUCUGAGACUUUUCUGUUAACACCUUUUUCAAGUGCCUUAAUAGGAGGGUGAGUUGUCUGGAGAGUGGGGACGGCAGGCUGGCAGCUCUCCAGUGAAGAAGCUGUUUUUACUGAAGAAUCAAAGCAGUUGGACUCCUGCUCUUUCUAUUCUGAACUAAUAAAUUUGUUGCCAAGCCUA